GUGACGGCGUUUCGUUCUCGUUCUCGUUCGAGCGGUUGCGGGUGGCUAGUCUCGUCUUUAGCGUUGAAAAUGUCGCACAGAAACCCGAAAUUUCUGCAGAGUGACCGCUACGAAUGCGACAGCACCGAAAGCAGCGUAGUGUUGGACCAGCUGAGAGUGGUGGAGGAGCCGAGGCGGGGCACAGUGGACUAUGAGAAGUGCAGUGUUUUGCACUGCGCCAAGUGCAGCGCAGUCCUGGCGGACUCGCUGAGCGUUUGUGGGGAAGCUAAAAAUAUCAAAUCCGUCAUUUGCCUCAAAGUCACUAAGGAUGUGAGAGUGAGAGGAAAGUUUGAGGCGUGCGUAUAUGGUCUUCUGGCCUUUUGCACGUAUAAAGUCCUUGAAUGCAGUGUUUGUCGUUGCUGCGUGGGGGUUGUUCUACACGCCACCCCACCACAUUUAUCCUCUUUGCGGAACCUCUUCCUCUUGCGGAAAGACACCCUAAACUGCUACAUGUUGAAGAAUUCCACAGUAGUGAAAGCUUCCAAAAUCAGUUUUGAAACCAGACCUUUGAGAAGAAAUAUCGUUGAGCUGAAACAGGACUUGGAAGCUCAGCUGAAGCAAGUGGACAUCUUGAAGGGAGUGCUGGAAGGGAUGAGCGUUCCCAGAGUGAACAGCAGCAUCCAGCCCAACAGUCUUCCUCACUCCACUACAGUGCUGAGCAACGCUGUGGUGUAGUCGAUGUUGGUAGAAGUGUAAAUGGAAGUUGUCACUGUGACUUCAGAGUCGUUGAUGUUGCUGAUAAAGUGUCGGGUUGUUUAACCAUCUGACUUUUGAAAAUUGGUUGUUGGAAGUUUUUUUUUAUUUCAAGUAAUUAAGUUCUGUGGAUGUCUGCAAUAUGUCGUUACAGUUAUAGUGUACAGUUGUACGUCUAAGAGUUUUGUAAAUAUGUUUCACUAUCAAAGUUUGUAUGUCUAUGUAAAAAUGAACAAGGAAUCAAAUAAAGUGUUCAAAUAUUUUCA